ACCGCAGGGCGAAGAAACAUUAAAUGACGAUUUAGACAAUUCGGUAUCAAAUACUUUAAUAAUUCAUAACAAUUCAUUUCUUGACAAUUAUGCUUCGGCAUUUUAUGGUCAAAGCAAUAGACACGAGAAAAAUAUUGGUAUGCUGUCGGAAUUAUCGCCACCUACCUUAAAAAGUAAACAACUAGGAACGGCACUUUAUAUGUUGCCCAACAGAAAUAACUCAACUAAAGGAAAUAGUGUGCCUUCGUCACCAAAAAGUAUACCUAGAAGAUCUCACUUAACUAGCUAUUUAAGUACUGGAAUUUCAAAUUCACCAAAUGAGAACUCUAGUUCUAAUGUUUCGUCACAAUCAAAAAAUAUUUUUAUGGAUACAAAAUUUGAAUUUCCAGAACAUUCGGUACAAGAAAUAACUGAUAUACCAAAACAUUACCUAGACCAGUCGGAGGUACUAAAGCAUUUAGCCAAAGAAGUACAUCACCAUCAAUCUCCUGGGGAUUCGUCGAAAACUUCGUCUCUAGACUCCACCAAAUUUCAAAUGACAGAUUUCCAGAAAUAUACCGAAAACAAGUUAAAUCAACUGCACAAUGUUAGAAAAAUUUCCGAAGAAGCAGAUAUAAUAAAAGCGGACGGAUUGAUAAUAUCGCAUUCUCAUCCGGAUCUUACGAAUAUCGAUUACAAUAAUGCUAAAUCCGAAGGAAAAGGUGUCAGAAUUUCUGAAUUAAGUAAAAGACCAAAAACUCAUGGAAGACCUGCAAUAGAGGGAGAUAAUGAAACAAAUCAUAUUAUCCAAUUGCUAUCUACUGAAAAUGCUUCUCUGAAAAAUGAAUUGGACAUGUAUUAUCGAAAGGUUGCCAAAUUAGAAAAAUUUGAAUUGGAAAUUCAAAAAGUGUAUCGUGCUCACGAGGAUUUAAUUAGAUCAUCAGAGAAAAGAGAGAAAUUAGAGAGAGCUGUUCGCACAUGGUUAGAAAUUGAAAUUCAACGUCUCUCCGAUAAUAAUAAAGAACUGAAAGAAAAACUUGAAGCAACGACUUCUCAUUUUUCAAAGAGAACAUUUUUGAACACAGAAGGUACAGAUUUACAGAGAGAAAUUGGAAAAAAAGAAAUUUUAAUCUCACAGUUAUUAUCUCAAAAUAAAGAAUUAUUAGCUGAAAAAGAAAGACAAGAAAUUGAACUCCAAGCACAAAGAGUAACAUUACAAGAACAAAGAAAUCAUAUUGACAUUUUGGACAGUGCUCUCACCAAUGCUCAGCUGAAUGUAGUAAAAUUGGAAGAAGAUUGUCGUAAGAAGCAGUCUUACAUAGAUCAUGCUGCUCAGCUUCAAAAAGCAUUAGUAAAUGUCCAGCAGACAAGUGAGAAAAGAGUAAUGAUGGAAAAGAAAAUUAGAUCAGAACUCGAAAAGGAAAUAGAAGAUUUAAAAAUAGAAAAGAAAGGAAUGCCAUGUUCUGACAGAAAUAAGAAUUUGCAAACUGAAGAGGAAUUAAGAAAAACAAUAAGAGAAUAUGAAGAGAAAAUUGUAUUUUUAGAAUCUGAAGUGACAAAGUGGGAACAGUGUUACUUGGAAGAAAGUACAAUGCGCCAAAUUGCAGUAGAUGCAGCCUCAGUGCCAAAGGAUGCCAAAAUAGCAGCACUUGAGAAAACAUCACAAGAAAGUGAAAAAUUAAUAGCACAAGCUAGAUCUGAAAAGUUGAAACACAUGGAUGAGUUAUAUGCAGCUCAAAGAAAGUGUGCCGAAUUAGAAGGAAGAGUAAGAGAUCUGGAAUCAAAAUUAGCAGAACGCGAUGCAAUGAUUAAGGUACUCCAACAACAUUCUCAAGAGAAAGACGCCGUCCUUCAGAAUGCGGUGCUCGGUCGACCGCCUCGUCAUCACAUUAGAGCUGCAAGCACCAUGGGUUUGACCACCAGUACCAGUCAUAGUACAACUACGACGGGAACGACCUCACUUGCCUCGGGAUCUUCAACUACAUCGAGUUCUGUCCAUCAUCGUACUGGUAGUAAAGACUGCAUUAGAGAUGAAUUAAGAAUAUCUCCAAUGGGAAGUUCAUCAUCAAAUAAAUCAAAUAGUCCAUCUUCAUCUUUAAUUGUAAAUGAACCUCUGUUAAUGUCCAAGAAAAAACUUGAUGAACAGUUGAAGGAGCUGGACUCCAGAUUAUUUAAUAAGAUAUUUUGCUGCAAAUGGAAGAGGUUUAUAAAUGCAUUUUCGAGAUUCAAACCGACGGUGCAUCAAAUUUUCAACGUGACGGUCGUGAAGAGGUGCAUGUGAUCGGAAUCGUCGGACUUCUUCCGUUUUUUCUAUCGGUCACACCGACGACCGUCGAAAUCUCUUCCAAACUAUUAAAUUUCUGAUCGUAAAAUAAACUAUGCAGGACACUUUAAUAAGUUCGCAUAGAGACGAAAUGGAGCACACUCAAAAUCAAUUCUGGAGAGUUUAAGAAGAAAAUUUGAUAAAUUCGACUUUGCUGGAUUAUUCCAGCUUCACUACGUUACGGUAUUUAUUAUAAGAAUAUUUAUGCCUUAUAAUCGUUAGAUUAAGUGAGAUGUAUUUCGUGUCAUUGAAGACUGCAGGAAUCGCUUUGCCAUAAAAUGUAUAAAUGUGUCAAACACAAAAUUUCGUGUCGACGAUUUUAUGACGAAAGAGCUCUUUUUUUUACGAGAGAAAUAUUUUUCUAAACUAUGUGCAUAUUUAAACAAAGGAAAAAACAAUAUUUUUUUUUUUUUUGCUGAUAAAUUAUAGUCAGUUAUGUCUUCUAUGCUGAUAAGAAUUUUUCUAGAAGUAUACAAAAGUUAUGUACAUUGUAGUUUUGUUAAAAUGACUCUCUUAGCUGUUUACACCAAGUAUAUUGUUGCAUUAUUAUUAUUUUGUUAUUUCGAUACAAUUAGUAAAUAUAUUUAUAUACUACAAUAAAGCUUCGGUAAAAUCUU